AUGCCCUGGUCAAUAUGUCACGAACAUGUAAAGCAGUCUUGCAAGCACGCGGUCUUCCAAACUCAUUUCGGUUGGUACAGACCAGUGUUCAUAGCCACGCCCCUUAUUCUUUGGGCCUACAAGCUCACUAUGGAACCUACAAAGCCAUUAGAGGACAUGGGGUACAUGAGCGGGUCGAUGUCAGAGGUUUUGCCGUGCACAUUUGAGUUUUGA